CACUACAGAGUGCUGGGUCUCCCUUACAGAGCCACUAAAGCCCAAAUCAAGUCGACCUUCACCAAGCUAGCAAAGAAGUGGCAUCCUGACAAAGUCACUCCGUCAAAGCAGAUUGAGGCCACGGCAUUCUUCCAAAAAUUACGACAUGCUCAUGAUGUCCUCAGCGAUGCCAACCAUCGAACGACCUACGAC